AUGUUUCUCCGGACAGCCAUACUUGUCGGCCUCGCGGCAAGGUCUGCCUUGGCGGAUCCCUCGGUAACGCUGCGGAAGAACAAAGUCACGUACAGAGGAACGGCAGCAGGUGGCGUAGAACACUUCCAGAACAUCCGGUAUGCCCACGACACAUCUGGUCAGCGACGCUUUGCGCCGCCAGAGCCAUACAGCUCUCCAGAAGGAGCCGAGGUUGAUGCCUCGGCGCCCGGCCCAGCAUGUCCCCAGUCCAAGGCGGCGAUGCCCCCUUACUUUGUCGAGAUACCCGAGAUCAGCGAAGAUUGCCUGAACCUUCGCAUUGCCAGGCCUGCGGGCACCGCCGAAGGAGACAACCUGCCUGUCGUCGUCCACCUGCACGGUGGCGGCGUCGUCAAGGGUUCGGCCUACGACCCUCAUUUCGAUCCGGACAAGCUGAUCACGCUGUCGAAGUCGCUCAGCAAGCCAAUCAUCUACGUGGCCCUCAACUACCGCCUCACCAUCUUCGGGUUCGCCCGCCUGCCCAUUCUCAAGGAGCAGAAGUCCCUGAACAACGGCAUACGCGACCAGCGCGCCGGGCUGCAGUGGGUCAAGGACAACAUCGCGGCCUUCGGCGGCGACCCGGACAGGAUCACCCUCUUCGGACUCAGCGCCGGCGGCACCGCCACCUCGCUCCACCUUGUCUCGUACGGCGGCGAGAAGGGCGUCCCGUUCACCCGCGCCUGGGCCAUGUCGGGCCCGCCGGGCACCGCGCUCAACAUGUCGAGCGACGUGUCCGAGCUGCACACCCGCAACGUUGCCGCAAUGGUGGGGUGUGGCGACGAGGUCGAGGACGCGAAGUUGCUGGAGUGCUUGAGAAAUGUGCCGUUUGAGGAGCUGACGAAGAAGGCGAUGGAGUACUCGGUUAGCAAUCACCCUCCCGGAGGGCUCUUCACCUUCAUUCCGUCCAUCGACGGGGAUUUCUUCCCCGAGCGACAGUCGGUUCUUUACCGAUCCGGUCGGUUUGUCAAAGGGAUCCCGCUCGUCUACGGCUGGACGAUAGACGACGGCGACCUCAACGCGGGCCCCGCCCAGCUCUACGAAACCGAAGACAGCAUCAAAGCCACGAUCCGCAACUUCGCGCACGCGCUCACUGACGACGACUUCGCGCGGCUGUUCGCGCUCUACCCGGCCGCCGACUUCGCCGAGCAGGCCGCCAACUACGAGGCGCGCCGGGACGCGGCCGCCGGCGACCCGGCCGUGCCGGUGCACUACUUCCGCGCGUCGCGCAUCCUGCGCGACCUGCUCUUCACGUGCUCGAGCCUGGACUUCGGCCGCGCCAUGGCCGCCGCGUCGUCCGCUGCCGCUGCCGGCGGCGGCGGCGGCGGCGGCGGUGUCCGCGUGUACGCGCUCAACCAGACGAUGCUGACGCCGGUGUUCCGUGCCGUUGGCAUGCCCUACGUCGGCGUGGCCCACGGCAGCGACACUAACUACAUCUUCAACGGCGUGUUCCCCGAGGGCGGCGGGCAGAGCCUCUCCCCCGCGGACGAGCGGCUGGCGGCCGCCAUGGCGGGCAGCUUCAUCCGGUUUGCCUACACGGGGAAUCCGGCGGGGGAGGACGGGGAGGACGCCAGUCUUGGGCCGUGGCCCGAGGCGUUUCCUGCCGGGCCGGAGGGGGGCCAGCAGGACGGCGUUGAGAUUCUGGUUGUCGGAGGUCCGCUAGGCACUGGUAGCGUGCGUUUGGCGGGCCAGGCGGCGGCGAGAGAGGGCGCCGGAGGGAGCGAAGAGGGCAUGCAGAUUCCCAUCGUAGGCGCGGAUGGGAGCCUGGAGGUUAGGGAGAUGGGGACGAAGGAGGCAGCGGAGAGGCAACGGCUUCUGGAGGCAGAACGCCUGCUGGAGCGGUGUGAGUUCAUCAAUUCGCUGACCGAGAAGAUCGGAAUCUAG